AUGGCUUUAUUCUUUGUUGGUUAUUUAAUAGCUGUAUCAAGUACAAUUGCAUUCAUUGUCGCUAUUCUAACACCAAAAUGGAUCUAUCCCAAUUCUCUAACAAGUCCUAGUGAAACAAAUUUUCGUGGAAUUUUUUAUGUUGAUCAAGGCCGCAACGAUUCAGUAUGCCGCGAUUGGAUUCUUAUCUAUAAAGAUUCAGUAGCUACUUGUCGACCACCGUACGCUGUUGCAUGCGCAGCAUUAGCAAUUAUAGCUUCGUCGCUAUCAAUUAUUCUUCUUUGGCUUGCUGGUGCUUAUCUCUAUAUUCGUCGUCGACGUCUUGUUCCUCAUUUCGUAUCAGUUUUAGCUGCAUUAACAUUAUUAAUUUUUGCAAUAAGUGCCACCAUAUGGGUAGUAAUGAUUACCAUGAAUCGUGAUGUAAAUUCAACCAUUAGCCGUGACAAUAUUGGUUUUUCAACUUGGAUUGCUGUUGGCUCAACUGGUGGUUAUUUUCUUGCGUUUAUAUUAUUUAUUAUCUAUCGUAUCGAUCUUGGCCAUCGAAGUUCGUCUCACGAUCUCUAUUCAGCAUAA